AUGUGGCUUGCUUCAGUGGCCGUCAUUGGCCUGGCGCUGCCCAGCAUCGUGUCUGCAAGGCCUUCUGAGCCCCAACAAGAGCCACAGCCACUGGCAAAGCGACAAGAGCAGCAGCCAUUCAACAACGACUACGAUGGCCCAAUCCUCGAAUCUCCCCCCAGCUACCCUUCCCCAUGGGGUUCCGGCGCGGGCGACUGGGGUGCUGCAUACCAGAAGGCCAUUGCUUUUGUCAGCCAGCUGACGCUGCCUGAGAAAGUGAACUUGACCACCGGCACCGGCUGGUCGAGCGACAAAUGCGUCGGCAACGUCGGUGCAAUCCCGCGUCUCGGCUUUCCAUCGCUCUGCAUGCAAGAUUCUCCUCUCGGUCUUCGCUUUGUCGACUUCGUGACCGCAUUCCCUGCCGGCAUGAAUGUCGCUGCAACUUGGAACCGUGAGCUUGCCAACGAGCGCGGAGUUGCCAUGGGCCAAGAAUCCGUUGGCAAGGGUGUCGACGCUCAACUUGGUCCCGUUGUUGGUCCCAUCGGUCGUUUCCCCACCGGAGGUCGUAAUUGGGAAGGAUUCAGCCCCGACCCCUACCUCUCCGGCAAGCUCGUCGCCGAGACCAUCCAGGGCAUGCAGAGCGCCGGCGUCAUUGCUACCACCAAGCACUACAUUGCCAACGAGCAAGAGCACUUCCGCCAGACCGGCGAAUCCCAGGAUCGCGGCUAUAACAUCACUGCAACCCUGUCAUCCAACAUUGACGACAAGACCAUGCACGAGCUCUACCUCUGGCCUUUCGCCGACGCCGUGCGCGCUGGUACCGGGGCCAUCAUGUGCUCUUACCAGCAGAUCAACAAUUCGUACGGCUGUGCGAACUCAUACACCCUCAAUCACCUGCUGAAGAACGAACUUGGAUUCCAAGGCUUCGUCAUGUCCGAUUGGCAAGCCCAGCACAGUGGAUUGGGCACCGCAACCGCAGGUCUUGACAUGAGCAUGCCCGGUGACACCGUCUUCAACACUGGUCUCACAUACUGGGGCACAAACCUUACCAUUGCCGUUCUCAACGGCACCAUGCCCCACUUCCGUCUUGACGACAUGGCCGUCAGGAUCAUGGCUGCAUACUACUAUGUUGGUCGUGACACACACUAUACUCCUACCAACUUUUUCUCCUGGGGCUACGAUACCUUUGACCAUAUCCACGCUGCCGAUCCCAAUUCGCCCAUCGAGCUUGUCAACGAGCACGUCAAUGUUCAGGAUGACCAUGCUUCCGUGGUGCGCAGAGUCGGCCAGCAGUCUGCAGUCCUGCUCAAGAACGAGGGAGGGCUACCCCUGACCGGUAGUGAGAAACAGCUCGGUAUCUUUGGCUAUGACGCUUGCAGCAAUCCUCAGGGCCCCAACGGUUGUGCCGACCGUGGCUGUGAUAACGGCACGCUCGCAAUGGGCUGGGGAUCCGGUACAGCCGACUUCCCUUACCUCGUUACUCCACAGGGCGCAAUCGAGUCCUAUGUCCGCACUCAAGGCAGCGGAGAUGUGCAAACCAUCUGUGACGAUUACGCCGACACCCAAAUCCAAAGACUGGCAACCACUGCGCAAACAGCUCUGGUCUUCGUCAAUGCUGAUUCGGGAGAGGGCUUUAUUUCCGUUGACGACAACGUUGGCGAUCGCCGAAACCUUUCUCUGUGGAACGGUGGCGAUCGACUCAUCGAAAACGUUACCACCUACAACAACAACACCAUUGUCAUCAUUCACUCCGUCGGCAUCGUCAACGUCACCGCUUGGUACGACAAUCCGAACGUCACGGCUAUUCUAUGGGCCGGGCUUCCUGGCCAAGAAAGCGGCAAUUCUCUCGUCGAUGUCAUCUACGGCGCCGUCAAUCCUGGUGGCAAACUCCCGUUCACCAUUGCCAGGAAUCGCGAAGACUACGGCGCCGAUGUCAUCUACGAACCCAACAAUGGCCAAUUUGAUGCCCCGCAAGAUGACUUCUCCACCACGGGCGUCUACAUCGACUACCGCCACUUCGACGAGUACGAUAUCGAGCCCAUCUACGAGUUUGGCUUCGGUCUUAGCUACACAACCUUUGAGUACUCUGACCUAGUCAUCACCCCCGGGAACCCCUCACCUUACGUCCCGGGUGGUGGCCUCGUGCAGACAAGUCCUGCCCCCACGUAUGGCAACAUCAGCACCAACGUCGCUGACUACCUCUUCCCUAACGACAGCAUCCCUGACCGCACCUACCUGUACAUCUAUCCUUAUCUCAACACCACCGACCUGGAAGCUGCCUCCACUGACCCCGAUUACGGGGAGCCCUCGGCGAAUUACCUGCCCGCCGGCUUCGACGAUGCCUCACCGCAGCCGAUCCUAGCAGCCGGUGGCGCCCCCGGUGGCAACCCUGGCCUUUGGGAGACGGUCGCGACGGUCACCGCCACCAUCACCAACACCGGUGGGGUCGACGGCGACGAGGUCGCGCAGCUGUAUGUUGGUCUGGGCGAGGAUGAGCCACCCAAGGUUCUUCGCGGCUUCGAUCGCAUCACCAUCCCCGCCGGCGGCUCCGCGACCUUCACGGCGGAGCUGGCGCGCAGGGACGUGAGUGUCUGGGAUGUUGUAUCUCAGGACUGGGUGCAAGUGGACAGCCCCACCAUCUACGUGGGAAGCUCGAGUCGUAACACACCGCUGCAGGGAACGCUCUCUGGUGGCUCAUCUGGUGGCGGCAGCGGCACCCCGCCUCCCUCCGGGCAUGGCAACCAGACUGUGCCAUACCCACCGACGUGGCCCGGCAGCAAGACGGCCGGCGGGUCUGCAACCACCGUGGUCACCCAGAUCAGCGAUGGACAGGUGCAGGCUCCCACGCAGACCUGA